CGUACCAGGAAUAUUGGCUACGAUCACAUACUUCAGCACAUUGUACGUUCCUCUUUUCCCACAGACGGAUACGCACACACACGCGCACACACACAGAAGCUGGAUGGAACGGAUCAUAUUGUAUGUGGCACUAUCUCCGUGAUUUCGCAUAAAGAAAUUCAGAAGCAGAACGAAACAUCUUAUUAAAUAUUAAACCGAGUGUGGAGAUCGGGAAGUUGUCCGCCAGGGCAGUGGAGAAGUUGAAGUACACGGCUAAUUGUCUCCCGCUGGAGCCCCGAAGGGUCUUGUUUCUGAAGAGAGAUGGAGCUGAGUUCGGUCAUUUUGACAACGGGAUGCUCCGUGGGCUUCUUCAAACUGGCGAACACGGGGAUGAAGAGUCUCCCGACGCCGGAAGCAGCGCGUAAGGGCGCCUGGAAAUGGAGAAACAUCAGCACGUCUUUCCUCCACAGUCUAAUAACGGGGGUCUGGGCUGUCCUCUGCUUCUACCUGCAUCCUCACAUGGCUGAGGACCUCAUUUCCACGCACUCCGUGUUCUCGCACGCGCUGGUCUCGGUGUCCAUCGGAUACUUCAUCCAUGACUUCUUCGACCUUCUUCUGAACCAGAAGUUCAGCUCGUCCUGGGAGCUGCUCUUUCAUCACUCUGUGGUGAUCAGCUGCUUCGGGCUCUCGGCAGCGACCCGGCGGUACGUGGGCUUCGCGGUGGUGGCGCUGCUGGUGGAGAUAAACUCCAUCUUCCUGCACCUGCGGCAGGUGCUGCGGCUGGCGGGCGGGGCCGGGGGGACAGCGUACCGCGUGAACAGCCUGGUGAACCUGGCCACGUACGUGGUGUUCCGCAUCAGCACGCUGGCCUGGAUGACGCGCUGGCUGGUGCUGAACCGCGAGCGGGUGCCGCUGGCGGCCUACACGCUGGGCAGCGUGGGCAUGGCCAUCAUGACCGUCAUGAACAUCGUGCUCUUGCGUCUGCUGCGCAGCGACUUCCUGCAGACCGGCCGCGACGGCAGGAAGGAGAAAUAA